GUGGACAUCUGGUCACUAGGCAUCACAUUAAUCGAGUUCGCGCAAAUGGAGCCGCCCAACCACGAGAUGACGCCGAUGCGAGUGCUGCUCAAGAUCCAGAAGAGCGAGCCGCCCGCCCUCGACGCGCCCUCGCGCUGGUCGCGCCACUUCAACGACUUCAUAGCCAAGGCGCUCGUCAAGGACCCAGAAAAGCGGCCGACAGCGGUAGAACUACUAGCGCAUCCGUUCGUCUCAGGAGCUCUCGACGCGAAGCCGCUGCGAGACUUAUUGCUCGAGUACCGCGCGGAGGUUGUCGAGGAAGAGCUGCUCGACGACGAUUCAGAGGAACAUCGCAGCUCUCAGAUGCAUAUGGAGAUGGAAGAUGACUCGACGUCUGUCCGGUCCGCGGACACGCCGGACGUCAAGAUGCCGGAAGCGCCGCCGUCGCCGCCCGCGCCGGCCGCGCCCGCCAAGCGUCCGCGCGACGACGAGUCGCAGCCCGCUGACAGGAAAGCGCCCGCACCAAAAAAAGAGAAGGGCCCCGCCCCGCCGCCGCCGUCGGCGACGCCGCCCGCCUCGCCCGCCGCCCGCCCGCCUGCCCCCGUCCCUCCUGCCCCCGCUGCCCCACCUGCCCCCGUCGCAGCCGCCCCCCCUGUCGCAGCCGCCCCCAAGAAGCAGCCGGCGCCCCCGCCUCCACAGCCCGCGCAACCAGCGCUUGUGCAGGGCAAACAGAUUGUCGACCAGGUGUGUCGAGAAGCAGAGAAAGCCGUGGAAGACAAAAAGACAGACAAAAAAGAAACAGAAGUAGAAAAAGAGAAAGAGAGACCAAAGCAAGAAAUUAGAAUAACGCCUGAACCAGUCGCGCCCGAGAAACAAACAGAAGUAGACAAAACGGAACCCCACAGGACUGAGAAAGACGACAGAAGAACAGAAGAGAGCAGGAAAGAGAAUAGAAGAGAAGAGAGCAGGCAAGAAAACAGAAAAGAAGAGAGCAAAGAAGAAAUUAGGAUCGAAAAGAAGACAGAAGUAACCAUUACAGACACAAACGACAAAGGAAAGUUCUCCAGAUCGAGUUCUACUGAAGACAGGGUGUUGUCAGAAGUGAAUAGGAUAGAAAGAAACUCCAGAAGCUCCCUGGAAUUAGAUAGGACGAAUGUAGAAAUAAUAGGCCGAUUAGAAAACCGUUCCAUUUCGACUGAUCAAGUGGAAACUGUGAAAGUUAAUGCUGCAGUCAAUAGAAUAGAAAAGAAUUCGAGGUCCAGCUCUGUGGAAGCGAAAGAGAGGAUCAGUAUAGAAGUGGAUAGAAGUGAAGUGGAGGAUAGGAUACACAAAUGGGAGAAGAGAAGAUCGCCGAUGAGUUCGGUUGAGAUUAGGCCUGUAACGCCGCCGCAGCCCAAGCCGCCCGAGCCGACCGUAGCCGUAGCGGUGGCAGCCACCAACGUGGUGGUGGUGCCGGCGCUGGUGGUGGUGGAGCCCAACUCGCUCGCCGCCGCGCCCGCCGGGCUCGUCACCGUCACCACCACGCAUCCGCCGGUGCUCACCACCGCUGCACAGUUGCCGCCCAACGCCGUCACGAUAUCAACGACGCCGCCCAUCGCUGACGAAGUGGUCAUAGUGGGUGCUGCCUCAAGUUCAGACGAUGAUUGCUUCGCGCCUUCCUCACUGGAUUCGUUGGACACCAGUCAUGAUUACUCCGAGAAGACCCGCGGCCGCCGCCUGGACAGCAGCGAAGUCCUAAUCCUGAGCCCAGGAGCGGCUGGAGACUCCGGGGUCUUCGACGACAGUCAGCACAAUCAGCUCAACUUGGACACAUCGCACGUUUCCGUUGUGACUGUAGGCGAGCCGGCCGCGCCGCCGCCGAUCGCCACGCGGCUCAGUCCAGACAGCUUUGAGAGAUCGCAGUCCGACAGCGGUUCGGUCGCGUCGUCGUCGUCGCGCCGCCACGACGCCGACUCGCUGGCCGCCAACGAUCACGACGACCGCGACAGGGAGCUCAAUGGAGGCACCAGAGUCAGCACGGACAUCCACGAGAACGGCGAAGCUGUGGUGCUGAGGCGGAAGACGCAGGAAGGACAGCCGGUCAACAGGAUACAGAGGUCAAAGGAAGACAUCCACAUGGCCAACCUCAAGAAGAAAACGCGCAAACGGACGAGAAAGUUCGAGAUUGAUGGCGUCAUCGUCACCACCACCACUUCCAAGGUGAUCUGGGGCGACGAAGAGAGCGGUCGCACAUGGGACGACCACGCGCUGCGGAAGCAGGAGCUACGAGAGAUCAAGAUGCUGCAGAAGCAAGAACAGAAGCAGUUCCAGGACCUCAAUGCUAAGGAGUUGCAGCUGAGGGAACAGCAGGACAAGAGGUUCGAAGCCGAGCUAGCCUCACUCGCGCGCGCACACGAAGCGGACUUAGACACGUUAGCGCGCGCGCAACGCGCAGCCGCUGAACGCGCUGAACAACAGCUUGAGAUGGAGCUGCGGCACGCCGGCAAGCGGCUGAGAGCGGAGCACGAGCGCGAUCUGAGGCACUUCCGCGACACGCUCAAGCAGGAACUGAAGCUGCUCAAGCAGGAAGUGGAGCUGGUGUCAAAAGACCGUCGCAAGGACACGUACAAGCAGCGACGCACGCGCCUGGACGAAGAGCAUGCCGAGAGGGAGAGAGCGUUCGUCGCAAGCUUGGCUGAGGCACAGGACACGGUCCUCAGGCGCAUACACGAGCACCACCGAGAGAGGCAAGCACUGGCCGACCGGCAGUACCUACAGCAGAGACAUCAGAUAAUGCGUACCCGCGAGGCAGCGCUAUGGGAGUUAGAAGAGAAGCAAAUCCACGAGCGACAUCAGUUGGCCAAGCGGCAGCUAAAGGACGAAUUCCUGCUGCGACGCCAUCAGAUGCUGGUCCGGCACGAUAAGGAGCUGGAUCAGAUCAAGAGGAAGAACGCCCGCAAAGAAGAGGAGUUAGCCAAGUGCCAAGCGCUCGAAAAGCGAUCGCUGCCGAAACGGAUCCGGGCGGAACAGAAAGCGAGAGAGAUGAUGUUCCGCGAGUCGCUUCGUAUUUCGGCCGCGCCGCCGUCGCAGGAAGACGACCGCGAGAGGCUCAAGAAGUUUAAGGAGAGCGAACAGCGCCGCUACCGUUCGGAACAGCAACGGUUGAACACCAAGCACACGAAGGCGAGGGAGGAACUGAAGGCAGCUGGAGAGGCGUUACUGCGCGAACUGGAGCAGUACCAGAACGAGAAGCGCAAGGCUCUGAUGAACCACGAGACCAACAAGAUGAAGGCGGUGGAGGAGCGCUACUCCGCCGAGCUGAAGGAGUGGCGCGCCACCCUUGGAGACAGGAAGCUGACCCUCAUAAAUCUCUUCGCGAAACACCUCGACGACCACGAGAAGAAGUUCGGAAAGCCUAUCCAGGACCGAGGACUGUACCUCGACGCGCCAUGGCCGAAGAACGUACUGCAACAUGUAUUAAGCGCUUACCACCAGAGAACAUCACUUAUAGGGUCCCUAACCCGCUCCAGAACGAGCCUCAACUUCUUGUCGGCUGCGAACACCCCUAACAUGGAACGCAGAAGGAGCAUAAGUCCAAACUCUGAACGAGCUACCAAAUCCGCCGCGACCAGCGCUUAUAACACACACAAAAGGGGCAAACUGACCAAGAUGCAGAAAUACGGGUCGACUUCAAACUUGAAAUUGGUGUCAGAGAAGAUAUCAGGAUUCUCCGUCUUUAGUGGCGCAGACGACAUUAAGAGAAACCCGAUCAUGGCUUACGGAGACGUCCCGAAAGAAAUCGAAGAAGAACCGAGACGCAGCAUCGAAAGAUCCAAGCCUGUUGACAGAGUGAUCGGUGCGAAGAAAAUCAACAGACAGAGUUUAUCUGAGAAUCUGUUCAAACAACUGAACGUGGAGAGCGAUCCUGGGAUGAAGAGGAGCAUCUCACAGCUCAGUUUGAAGCAGGACAUAGCCUUGGAAGCGGUCAUGAUCGACUUGCCGUCAGUGGAAAGCAGCAGAUACAACACUAUGAAAAGUAACAGCACUUUUGGGACGAUAUCACGUGAUGGAAGCGAGACAGACGAUGGUGAAACAAAACACUUCAGCCGGUGGGGGCCGGUGCGAGGUUCCAACAGCUACUCGGACCACCCUAGCGUGCCUGUCAGUCAGCUGUCAACGCUGAACUUAAAAACUAUAGCCACAGACAAAACAGAGGAACCGGGCGAUUCCAAUGUCUAAAUAGUUGCAGAGGCCAAUCGAUUGAUAAGUAGGCACAAUACAGUUUGUAAAGCCAGCUAAAAUCAGCGAGAACUAGAUGUUCAUUACUAUUUCUAGGAACAGAGGGCGAUUCCUAUGUCUAUAUUGUAGUGUAGGUACAAUACAGUUUAUAAAACAUAUAUUAUGAUGACCGAGGGCUAGGGUGUGUCACUAUUAAAAUUUUUGAUGUAUUUUGUAUUUCGUGACUUAAAAAGAAUAGUUACUAAUAUGUACACUCAGCGUCAAAAAUUCGUAACACCCAAAUAGGCUAAAAAGUUGUCAACUUUAUUCCAAAUUGUAACAAAGACGUGUUUAGAACUUUUUGGCUACUUUUUGUGACACGAACUAUUUAACGCUGACUGUACGUGUGAAAUGCUUGUUGCUCAUUGAUAUGCUUCCGUGUUAGAAAAAUAAGGUUAAACGAACUCAGAACUUGUCAGAAUAAUAUUUGCCAAUCAGUAUUCAAUUGGUCACAUUUUUAUAUUCCUCAAUUAUGCCAAAGCAAUGGCUUCCUGCAGUAUUAUUAGAGUGCAAAGGGAUUGCAUUAUUUUUAAAUAUAAAUGUUCUAAAAUGCCAAAACUUUAAAGUUACACUUACCCCGUAUUCACAAACCAUGCUUGCUAUCGAACGCACAGCGUUGAAUAGAGCUCUGUG